CCAAGGCGACCCCCUUUACUUUUCUGUACUCUUCAUUCACCCGUCACACUGAGGCGCUUUCCCUCGCUAUAAAUUUGCUAUACAUAUAAACCGAACAAAAGGGGUUUAUCUAGGGUUUAAGCAGAGCUCUCAAAACAGCAGCGGAAUAAUUUUUCUUAACUGUAAAAUUCUAGGGUUUGAAGGAAAAUGGGAGUUGACAAAGGUAAAAAGCAGAAACUCGAAGAAAACAACGCGACAGAGCACAUUGAUAGUGACCUACUCCUCUCCAUUGAGAAGCUCCAGCAGGCCCAAGACGAACUUGAAAAGAUGAAUGAAGAAGCCAGUGAAAAAGUCUUGGAAAUAGAACAGAAGUACAGUGAGAAACGGAAGCCUGUCUAUGAUAAGCGAAAUGACAUCGUAAAGUCAAUUCCGGACUUCUGGAUGACUGCAUUUCUGAGUCAUCCUGCCCUUAGUGAACUUUUAACUGAAGAAGACCAAAAGAUUUUCAAGUAUUUAAGUUCCCUCGAAGUGGAAGAAUCAAAAGACUUGAAAUCAGGUUGUUCAAUUACAUUUAACUUCAAACCCAAUCCAUAUUUUGAAGAUUCAAAACUCACCAAGACUUUUAUCUUCCUCGAGGAUGGAACAACAAAAAUAAGCUCUAAAUCCAUUAAGUGGAAAGAAGGCAUGGCAAUGCCAAAUGGUGUUGAUGAGACGAAAGGAAACAAGCGGUCUCAUUCUGAGGAAAGCUGCUUUACCUGGUUUAGUGACACCCAGCAUAAAGAUGAUAUAGUGGAGAUACAUGAUGAGGUUGCUGAGAUAAUCAAGAACGAUCUGUGGCCAAAUCCUUUUACUUAUUUUAACAAUGAGGCUGAUGAAGAAUAUUUUGACGUGGAUGAUGGCGAUGAUGAGAAAAACGGUAGUGAUAGCUCAGAAGAGAACGGCGAGGAUGAUGAAGUUGAAGAUGGUGACGAGUAACUACUUGGUUUUUCUUUCUUCUUAGACUUGCAGUGCUCUGGUAAUGGCAUCUGUAAAAGAGGUUCGAGGUUGGCAAAGAAAGCGAGUAAAAGAGCAUAUGAUUGUUGACAUUUUUCAUUAUUCUUUUUUCUCCUUUAGUGAUCUUUUCCGCCACUUGGUGGUCUUCUAACCCUUAGCCUUUCAUCGCCAUGACCUUUUCUUUGUUCUCUCAUUGAUGAAUUGAUUGCAUGGCUAUAUUUUGUCACGGUUUGGAGUUUUCAUUACAUGUUUGAUCAAGCUAUUUUGAAAAUUUCAGGGAGUAUUCUUGUUGGAAAAGAAAAUUAAAGAUUUGCUAGUCAUAGUACAUGUAUCACUAUAGUUUGUAUCUUUUCCCGAGUGCAAUAUAGACUGAACUGUAGACAUAGCCUUGUUUGAUAAUCAUACUUUUCAAACUUCUCUUUUAAACACACUCAUUUUGAUUCACACAUAUACACAAUUAAAUAUUUUACAUGUAAAUUCAAAAGAAUUUCGUUUUUUGUUUUUUAUUUUUAUCUUUUUGCCCAAAGUAUGGUAGUCGAACAUGGAUAUAAAGCCAUUAACAAUAGCUUCCACUCUUGCAGUCAUACCAUAUUUCUUGUCUUGAAAAGGUUGUCAAGGUUGGCAUACAAGAUCUGCCCAUCUUGAGCUAUGAUCCCUCUGUUAUCUGUACUUAUUUUGUAGCGCUUUUUAAGUUGUGGAUUAGAAGAGGUGUAAAUGAAAAAUUGUGAGUCCUACUAAAUGCGUGAAUGAAAAGUAUGUUCAAUCACUUUAAAAUUUAAGCUUUUCCUAUUAUGUAUUAUAGACAAGCAUGUUUUGAAAGUGUGUAAAUAAUUGUAAUUAUAGAUAGGUACAAAUGAGCUAUAGAUAAGUUGAUAAUAUUUGUGAAUCUUUUGAAAAGUGUGAAUAAAAAAUGAUUUAAGUGUUUGUAAAUUGUUUAUAAACACGUCAAAGUUGAAAUGCCAUAAAAUUGCUCCAUGCAGCGAAAGAAA